AGUCAACGGUUGAAAGAUAACCAAUUGUUACCACAAACCUCCUCAUCUGUCGUUCCACUCUUCUUCCAGUUUGCAUCUCUGGGAGACCAAGCAACCAAAACCAUGCCGAUCGGAGAAGCUGUUCUGUCUGCCUUCAUGCAGGCACUCUUCGAAAAGGUGAUUUCUACCGCUUUUGGUGAGCUGAAAUUGCCCCAAGAUGUAGCAGAGGAGCUGGAGAAACUAUCCAGCACUCUGUCGGCCAUUCAAGCUCAUGUUGAAGAUGCCGAGGAGCGGCAAUUCAAGGAUAAGGAAGCACGAAGCUGGCUUGCCAAGCUCAAGGAUGUCGCAUAUGAGAUGGAUGACUUGCUCGAUGAUUAUGCAGCUGAGGCCCUUCGAUCCAAACUGGAAGGCCCAUCCAACUACAACCAUUUGAGCAAGGUUAGGCGCUGUUUCUGCUGCUUUUGGUUGAACACUUGUUUAUUUAACCACAAGAUAUUGCAAGAAAUAAGGGGAGUUGAGGAGAAGCUCGAUAGGCUUGUCAAAGAAAGACAGAUUAUUGGCCCAAACAUGGUCAGUACGAUGGAUAGGAAAGAGAUAAAAGAGAGGCCUGAGACCAGUUCAAUAAUUGAUGACUCAAGUGUAUUCGGAAGAGAAGAAGAUAAAGAGAUCAUUGUCAAGAUGUUGCUCGAUCAAAAAAACUCCAACUCCAACCAUGCCAACCUUUCUAUACUUCCCAUAGUGGGUAUGGGUGGACUUGGGAAGACGACUCUAGCACAGCUCGUCUACAAUGAUACAAGAAUAAAGAAUCAUUUCCAGUUAAGGGUUUGGCUGUGUGUUUCUGAAAAUUUUGAUCUAACGAAGCUUACCAAGGAAACCAUUGAAUCAGUUGCUAGUGAGUUUGAAUCAGUCGUCAGUUGGGUCUCAUUGGUCACGACCAACAUGAACUUGCUUCAAGAAGACCUCUCAAAAAAGCUAGAAGGUAAAAGGUUUCUUCUAGUACUUGAUGAUGUGUGGAAUGAGGACCCGGAAAAGUGGGAUACAUAUCGUCGUGCUCUAGUUACUGGGGGAAAGGGAAGCAGAAUCGUAGUAACCACAAGGAACAAAAAUGUGGGGAAUCUAAUGGGUGGCGUGACUCCAUACUAUCUAAAUCAGUUAUCCGACAAUGAUUGCUGGUAUUUGUUCAGGACCUAUGCAUUUGUAGAUGGUAACUCCAUUGCACACCCAAAUUUGGAAAUAAUAGGCAAGGAAAUUGUGAAGAAAUUGAAAGGCCUACCACUGGCUGCAAAAGCAAUAGGCAGCUUACUAUCUUCCCAGGGUACUGAGGAAGACUGGAAAAAUGUAUUAAGGAGUGAAAUAUGGGAAUUGCCAUCAGAUAAGAACAAUAUAUUACCAGCUCUGAGGUUGAGUUACAAUCAUUUGCCUGCCGUACUGAAGAGAUGUUUUGCAUUUUGCUCAGUCUUCCAAAAAGAUUAUGUGUUUGAGAAGAACAGGUUGGUCCAGAUUUGGUUGGCCCUUGGCUUUAUUCAGCCUCAGCGGAGGAGAAGAAUGGAGGAGAUCGGAAGUAGCUAUUUUGAUGAGUUACUAAGCAGGUCCUUCUUCCAGCAUCACAAAGGUGGAUAUGUGAUGCAUGAUGCUAUACAUGAUCUAGCACAGUCAGUCUCUAUUCAUGAAUGUCUCAGACUGGAUGACCUUCCAAACAGUAGCAGCUCUGCUAGAAGUGCCAGGCACCUCUCAUUCUCUUGUGACAAUAGAAGCCAGACUUCAUUUCAAGCCUUUCUUGGAUUUAAGAGAGCACGGACACUUUUACUGCUAAGUGGAUAUAAAUCAAAGACGAGUUCUAUCCCCAGUGAUCUGUUCCUGAAGUUAAGGUACCUCCAUGUGCUCGAUUUGAACCGACAGGACAUUACUGAGUUGCCCGAUUCAAUUGGAAGCUUAAAAAUGCUCCGAUAUUUGAAUCUCUCGGGCACUAGUAUAGCAGUGUUGCCGUCGUCAAUUGGUAGGCUCUUCAGCUUGCAAAUACUUAAGUUGACAAACUGCCAUGAGUUAGAUUACCUCCCACAAAGCAUAACCAAUCUUGUAAAUCUUCGAUGCCUAGAGGCAAGAACAGAGUUGGUCACAGGCAUAGCCAGAAUAGGUAACUUAACUUGUCUUCAACAGUUGGAUGAAUUUGUGGUCCGCACAGACAAAGGAUACAAGAUCAGUGAAUUGAAGGAAAUGAUGGAGAUCAGAGGGCAUAUUUCUAUCAAGAAUAUAGAGAGUGUGGCUAGCACAGAGGAGGCAAGUCAAGCUUUUCUAAGCGAGAAGGCAUUCAUCAACAUUCUAGACCUUAUAUGGUCCGAUAACAGGAACUUAGCAUCAGAAGGACCAAAUGAGGACAGAGAGAUACUUGAAGUCCUUCGGCCACAUCACGAACUCAAGGAACUAACUGUCAAGGCAUUUGCAGGCUCCUCCUUUCCAAAUUGGUUAAGUAGUCUUUCCCACUUGCAAACCAUCCACCUGUCUGAUUGCACGAAGUGUUCGAUUCUACCAGCACUGGGAGAGCUGCCUCAACUCAAGUAUUUAGAUAUUGGUGGUUUUCCAGCCAUUAUUCAAAUCCACGAAGAUUUUUCCGGUUCCAAUGAGGUUAAGGGGUUUCCAGCACUGAAAGAACUCUUAUUUGAAGAUUUGACUAAUCUCAAAAGGUGGGCUUCUGUAACAGAUGGUGAAUUUCUUCCGUCCCUCACAGAACUUGCAGUGAUGGACUGCCCUCAAGUAACAGAAUUUCCACCCCUCCCAUCAACACUAGUGAAGCUCAAACUUUCUGAAACAGGGUUCGCUGUUCUUCCAGAAUUCCAUAUUCCAAACUCUCAGAUUUCAUCAUCGUUAGAAUGCUUACAGAUUCAUCAUUGCCCAAAUUUCACAUCCUUACAGAAAGGAUUGCUUAGUCAGCAAUUAUUGGCUCUCCAGCAGUUAACCAUCACUCACUGCUCAGAUUUAGCUGACCUGCCGCUUGAAGGAUUCAGAUCCCUAAUUGCUCUUAAGAGUCUUCACAUCUAUGAUUGUCCAAGGCUAGCACCAUCUGGACAGUGUAGUUUGCUGCCUUCCAAGCUUGAAGACUUGCGCAUCAGCUCAUGCGCGGAUCUUAUUAACCCUCUUCUUCGAGAACUUAAUGAGCUUUCCUCACUGACACAUCUCGCAGCUGCUGAUUGUCCUAGCCUUAACUCUUUUCCAGUAAAGCUCCCUGUCACUCUGGAAAAAUUGGAGAUCCUCAAUUGCAGUAACCUGAGCUACUUGCCUGCUGGUCUAGAAGAUGCACCAUGUUUAACAGCUAUAAGCAUCUUGAAAUGUCCUCUCAUACCAUGCUUGCCGGGACGCCUUACAAAGUCGUUGAAAGAACUGUACAUUAAAGAAUGCCCAUUUUUAACGGAGAGUUGCCAAGAAAGUAAUGGAAGAGAUUGGCGUAAAAUCGCUCAUGUACCAAUCAUUGAGAUCGAUGAUGAUACCAACAUACCCAACAAGAGCAUACGAAGAAGAUUAUCCUGAGUACGUCACCGCAGUACAACACAAAUGAUUAUCAUCUGGAUUCUUCUUCAACUGAUGUUUCGACAAUGGCGAUAUUUCAAGAGCACUUUACAGUUAACGUCCCACCUACCAUCAGAAGACUCAUUUAAUGCACAAAACUUGCAACUGAAAGGCCAGAAAACUGAAUCAAUUUUGAAUAAAAAAAUCUUGUAGUUUCCAGAGAAAGUGAAAAGGACUUAUUUUGUUUCUCAGACACCGAACAAGACAUUACUGCCAUCGCCAGAUAGUUAUAUCCUCUGUUUCAUUCUUAGACAAAAUAAACUCAGGUGUUUGUGUCUGCGUAAUUGCAUUCUCUCAGUUCCCAAAUACAUGUCAUUCUAUGA